AUUAGACUUUAUUUGUUUCAAAAUGGCCGACCCUGAUUCAUCUGCUGGAUGUAAUAACGAUUCUGAGAUUGUAGCAAAUGUUUUGUUGCCUGAGAAAAAUAAGAAUACAGAAAGUGAUGUGAACGAUCCUGAUUUAGAGACUAUCAAUUCAGACAAUGGACUUUCUAAUGAAAAUAAAACCUCAUGUGAAAAUACAGAGUCAGAAUCAACAAAACCUUUUGCAGUUCCACUUUCGCUUUCUACAAAUAAAGCCAAAGUUAAAUUAAAUAACAAUGUUACAAACAAAACGAAAUCAGAAAAAAUAAACGAAGCACUAGAUAAACAACCAACAGAAGCGACAAAAUUAACUAUCCCAUCUUCUGUUUAUCAAGAACCAGAUUGGAGUGGUUUGACUGAUCAGGAAUACAGUUUUGAUGUGCUAAAAAAUGGUAGUAUCAUAGACACAGUAUGUCUUACCAGUAAACCAUUUUACAUAUUUGGACGUCUUCCAAGCUGUGAUAUUACACUGGAGCAUCCAUCUCUUUCAAGAUAUCAUGCUGUUGUGCAAUUUUCAACAAAAGAUAAAGGAUGGUUUGUCUAUGAUCUUGAUAGCACACACGGAACUUGGGUUAAUAAAAAUAAAAUAUCACCCAAGAAAUACCACAGACUCAAAGUUGGUUAUAUUAUUAAGUUUGGAGGAAGCUCAAGGCUUCACAUUUUGCAGGGCCCUCCUGAAGAUCUUGAAGAAGAGAGUGAGAUGACCAUUACAGAAAUGAAAGCUCAGAAAGAGAAAUUUCAAAAGGAAGCUGAAUUGCUGAGACAGAUUGAAAUGCAAGAAGAAAUGCAAAGGAUAGAGGCUGAAAAAAAAAUGUUAGAAGACAGAGGCUGUGGAUGGGGAAUGGAUGAUGAUGCAGAAGAGACGGAAGAAGGAGAAAAUGCUUUUGCAUCUUUAAUAGCAGAAAAUGAAAGUUUGUAUAUUGAUGAUCCUAAAAAGGCUUUAAAAGGAUUUUAUGAAAGAGAAGGUUGUGAUUUACCUGAUUACCAAUUCACAGAAAUAGCUAUGGGUAAACACAAAUGCAGAUUAGAACUUCCUGUUGAUGGCCCAAAUGGAGAAGAACUUGUAGCAGAAGCCAUUGUUUCAGGCAAAAGAAAAGAUGCUGUUGUUGCUUGUGCUUUAGAAGCUUGCAGAAUUUUAGACCGACUGGGUUUGUUGCGGUCAUCUACGCAUGAAAGCAGAAAGCGUAAACAGAAGAAAUGGGAAGACGAUGAUUUUUAUGACAGCGAUGAGGACACUUUUCUGGACAGAACUGGGACAAUAGAAAAAAAGAGAGUAAUGCGAAUGAAGAAAGCUGGUAAAGAUGAACCAGAAACAUAUGAUUCUUUGUUGGAAAAAUAUAACAAAGUAUCAACACAGAUACAAGAUAUUGAAAAUAAACUUCAAAAAGCUAAAGCAGAUGCUGAAGCAUUAGCAUCUGAAGAAAUGGAUGAACUAGAUGCUUACAUGGUGUCCAUAAAAUCCGGAGCCAUGGACACUAAAACCCGCAUGAAGCUCAAAGGUGAUUUGCUCAAGCUUAAAGUGGAAGAACAAAAGUUGAGAAAACUAGUGAAUAUUGCUAAACCAGCAUUACUUCCCCCUCUGCAGCCAUUUAAACCGUCAGUUACUGCUACUACACCUGUAGCUGAUGUUUUAUCAAGAAAACUUCAUUCCCAACAAAAACAGAAUAAAAAAGUGACACCUGUUAGAAAACAAGCCCAAGUUGAUCUCAAACCUGACGACUUUCAAGAAGAAGAUGAUGAUGAUGAAGAAGAUCUUAGUAAAGAAAGUAGUUCCAUACCUAAAGACAUUUCUUCAGAAUCACCCAACAAAGCAAGUGAUAAUGAAGUCCCUUCAAGUCCUAAUAAUACUGGUCUAACAGCUAUAAAAGAUAAAUCAUCAAAAUCAGAGAAAACAACAAAAAACAUAGUGAAAGGCCCCUCACUACCUCCGCCAAAAACAGAAGAAAAGCCAGUAAAAAAAUCAGACAGUGUUCAUCAGACUUCUACAAGAUCUUUUUUGAAAUCUUUAGACAAAAGUCAAGCAGCAAGUAAGCCAAAACCAAAUCCUAACUUUGACAGUGCGGACCCUGACUAUGCUAUGUGGUUACCUCCAUCAGAACAAUCUGGAGAUGGACGCACAAGUUUAAAUGACAAACUGGGAUACUAAACAAUUUACACACAUACUGGAUGAUAAACAUAGAUUGUUAAGUUGAAUUGUUGUAUUGAGAUGAUGUACAGUUCCUUUACAGGAAGCCAGAGUAUUAAAAUACAUUUAACAUUC